AAUGUCUGAAAAUGUGUCCUAUUCGCCACCUUACACUUAGUUGCUAGAUUGGAAUUCAAGGCUAAACCUUUUUCUCAGUACUACAGGCAAUUGCUUCAUUGUCUUAAGCGUUUUUAAAGUUGUAAUUAAGAAGCCAGUAGGGGGUCUUCCCUUCAUUUCUCGUGUUCUCAAAUUUCAAGAUGAUAAAUUGUGAUUAGUGUUGGUCUUUUUUUCUUUGAUCCUGCUGGGUAAUCUAGAGCCCUUUCAAUGUGGAGAUUUAUAUCUUUAAAUUAAUAGAAAGGUUCCUAUUUCUUUGGCAAUUUUUCUUCUCUUUUCACCAUGGUUAAAGUCAGAUAGUAAUUUGCCUGGUUAAUUCUCUUAAUUUAAGGUUGUAUUUUCUACUUCUAAGAGGAUUUCUCAAUUUAUUCUUAAUAGUUAUAUUGAAUUUAGAUGAAUGUAUCACAUUUUUUAAAAAGCAUAUCCCAUUUUAAAUGGGCCACACAAGAUUUUUAUUAUCAUCUGAUUGCUUUCUUAAGGACUGUUAUUUAAUGAAUAGAUGUCUUUUGAUCCCUUUGAGGAGGGUAGUUAUCUCCUUAAAUUUUAAGUUCCUUUUUUUUUUUUUUUUUUUUUUACUCUGGUCUUUCUUUCAAAUUGGAGGAUUUCUUUGGACACUUACUUAGUGAUCCUUAUUGUUACUGUUUGAAGGAAACACUAAAACUGUUUAGAGAGACGCCUGAGUAGCUCCAUUGGUUAAGCAUCCAACUCUUGUUUUAGCUCAGGUCAUGAUCUCAGGGUUGUAAGAUAGAGUCCAGAUUAGGCUCUGCGCUGGGCAUGGAGUCUGCCUAAGAUUCUUUCUGUCCCUUUCCCUCUGCCACUCCCUCACUCCAAAAAAAAAAAAAAAAAAAAACUGAUUAGAAACUCUUGGUGACUAGUAGACUUUGCUGUGGAGUAGGAUGUUUAUGUGGCAAACUAGCUUUGUAACCGGGGGCAGUCCAAAUGUCAGUGUCCAGAAAUCUUACUCCUCUGGUGUUUUGUUUGGUGAUCCAACAGUAAAAAUGCCUUAAUUUUAUGGCAAUAUUGUAGAAGUAGGACCAGGAAAAAGUUUUCAGGUCUCAGUAUUGAACAUGUAUAGAUUUUGUUUUAUUUUUUUUACAUUUACCCCUGUAAAGAUGAUUGUAUGCUUAAGUGAGGUGGACUGCCUGUGAAAAAUCCUUAUUCUGAAGAAGCCUUAUUUUGACUUUUGGAAGAAUGAAGCUAGGGGAAGAAUUUGGAGUUUUACCGUUCCAGCUACAGAUUUUAAUACAGCUCACUUUCAACCCCAUGCAUCUUUUUUUAUGGUACUUUUCAGGUCUUGGUUCUUUUUAGUGUGCUAAGGCCAAAUGUUUUGUUUUUAGUUUCUAUCUCUAAGUGCCUAGGGUAUAGUUUUAUCUUCUCUGCUUAAUUAUUAUACCUCUCCUUCUCCUCUAGAUUUUCCAAAUACACAUUGAAAUCUAUUGCUUUCAGGGCACCUAGGUGGCUCAGUUGGUUAAGCCUCCAACUUCGGCUCAGGUCACGAUCUUAACAGUUGGAAACUUUAAGAAUGGAGUCUAAACCUUCAAGGAUCCCAAGAAGAAUUUCUGUUCAACCAUCCGGCUCUUUAAGUGCUAGGAUGAUGUCUGGAAGCAGAGGAAAUAGUUUAAAUGAUACCUAUCACUCAAGAGACUCUUCAUUUAGACUGGAUUCUGAAUAUCAGUCUACAUCAGCAUCAGCAUCACCAUUUCAGUCUACUUGGUAUAGUGAAUCUGAGAUAACUCAGGGAGCACGCUCAAGAUCACAAAACCAGCAACGGGAUCAUGAUUCAAAAAGACCUAAACUUUCCUGUACAAACUGUGCAUCUACCUCUGCUGGGAGAAAUAUUGGACAUGGUUUAAAUGCCGUAUCAGAAUCUUCUUGGAGGCAUAAUCAAGUUCCUAGAUCUUCAUCAAUGGUACUUGGAUCAUUUGGGACUGACUUGAUGAGAGAGAGAAGAGAUUUAGAGAGAAGAACAGAUUCUUCCAUUAGUAAUCUUAUGGAUUAUAGCCACCGAAGUGGUGAUUUCACAAAUUCAUCAUAUAUUCAAGACAGAGUUCCUUCUUCAUAUUCACAGGGAGCAAGACCAAAAGAUAACUCAGUGAGCACUUUACAGUUGAAUACAUCAUCCACAAACCACCAGAUGCCUUCUGAACAUCAGACUGUACCAUGUUCUAGGGACUCUAAUAGAAAUUCUCUAAGGUCAAAUUUUUCUCCAAGAGAAUUGGAAUCUCCCCAAAGCAGUACACAGCCUGGAUUUUCUUAUCUUUCAAAUAGAGAUGAAGCCUCAACCAUAAGCAGUUCAGAUAGGGUUGGUUCAUCUCAAAGAUCAUUUCAAGAAUCUUCUGACAACGAAGGUAGACGUUCAACCAGAAGAUUGCUGUCACGUAUAGCUUCUAGUAUGUCAUCUACCUUCUUUCCCCGAAGAUCUAGUCAGGAUUCCUUGAAUACAAGAUCAUUGAGUUCUGAAAAUUCCUAUGUUUCUCCAAGAAUCUUGACAGCUUCACAGUCUCGUAGCAAUGCAGCGUCAGCUUCUGAUGUUCCCGAUAAUAGGGCAUCUGAAGCUUCUCAGGGAUUUCGAUUUCUUAGGCGAAGAUGGGGUUUGUCAUCUCUUAGCCAAAAUCAUAGCUCUGAGCCUGAUUCAGAAAAUUUUAACCAAGAAUCUGAAGGUAGAAAUACAGGACCAUGGUUAUCUUCCUCACUUAGAAAUAGAUGCACACCUUUGUUCUCUAGAAGGAGACGAGAGGGACGAGAUGAAUCUUCAAGGAUACCUACCUCUGAUAUACCACCUAGAUCUCAUCAUAUUUUUAGAAGAGAAUCAAAUGAAGUGGUUCACCUUGAAGCACAGAGUGAUCCCCUUGGGGCUACUGCCAACAGAUCACAAGCAUCUGCAGCAUCGAGUAGUGCUGCUACGGGUGGCUCCACAUCAGAUUCAGCUCACAGUGGAAGAAAUACAGGAAUAACAGGGAUCCUUCCUGGUUCUUUAUUUCGAUUCGCAGUCCCCCCAGCACUUGGAAAUAAUUUGACCGACAAUGUCAUGAUCACUGUAGAUAUUAUUCCUUCAGGUUGGAGUUCAUCUGAUGGAAAAAGUGAUAAAACUAAAAGUGCACCUUCAAGAGACCCAGAAAAACUGCAGAAAAUAAAAGAGAGCCUCCUUUUAGAGGACUCUGAAGAAGAAGAAGGUGACUUAUGUAGAAUUUGUCAGAUGGCAGCUGCAUCAUCAUCUAACUUGCUGAUAGAGCCGUGCAAGUGCACAGGAAGCUUGCAGUAUGUUCACCAAGAUUGUAUGAAAAAGUGGUUACAGGCCAAAAUUAACUCUGGUUCUUCAUUAGAGGCUGUAACCACCUGUGAACUCUGUAAAGAGAAGUUGCAGCUUAACCUGGAGGAUUUUGAUAUUCAUGAACUACAUAGAGCUCAUGCAAAUGAACAAGCUGAGUAUGAGUUUAUCAGCUCUGGUCUCUACCUAGUUGUGUUAUUGCACUUGUGCGAACAAAGCUUUUCUGAUAUGAUGGGAAAUACAAAUGAACCAAGCACACGUGUCCGAUUUAUUAACCUUGCAAGAACUCUUCAGGCACAUAUGGAAGAUCUCGAAAGUAGGUGGAAUUUCCCCUUCCCAGACUUGUUGAAUUUCUUUUGCAAAUUAAAUCCACAGACCAAAACCUUACUGUAUACGCUUUCUACCAAAUUAGAGCUUCAUUUAUAGGCGUAGUAAUACCAUAAUAACUGAUUUGGGAAAGAUGGGUUGGGCAACUGACCUUUUUCAAAGCAUAUUUUUAAAAAAUAACAAUUUUAAGGUACAGAAGGAUAUAUUUUAACUAGUGUUUUAUUUAAAAUUUUUAUUUUUGAUCGCCUUAAUUUUAAUCAAAAAGAAAACUUCUGGUCAAACCACAUUUCUAAAUCUGUUAGGUGUGUGUGUGUGAGAGAGAGAGAGAAAUUUUGUUAUUCAUCUUUGUUAGAU